CCUCCGUCCUCUUCCACUUCCUCUCCUCCCCCAAAACCCAGGGAGACAUCCACCACCGCGAUGCUCGCCGCCAGCACGCGCCUCCCGCCUCCGCCCGCCACCUCGACACCUCCCGCCCGCGCCGGCGGCGGCGGCAGCGGAGGCGGAGGCGGAGGAGUGGAGUUCCGCCGCAAGCUCCACUUCCUCUCGGCGGAGCUCCACCUCGACCCGUUCCCUCUCCUCGCCCUCCACCCGCCGCUCCGCUCCGCGCCGCUGCCGCAGCUCCGCGCCUCCCUCAGCCUCCUCCUCUCGCACGGACUCACCGCCGGGGACGCGGCCCGCGUCUUCCAGGCCUUCCCGUCGCUGCUCACCUCACCUCCCGACGAGCCCCUCCGGUUCCUCUCCGCCGACGCGCCGCUGCCGCCCCCGCUCCUCCGCGCCGCGGCCGUACGGUCCCCGCGCCUCCUCGCGGCGUCCGUCCCGGAGACCCUCCGCCCCGCGCUGCGAUUCCUCCGUCGCCGGGUGGCCCUCCGCCGGAGGCCCCUACCGCUCGCCGCCGCGCUGCUCCUCGCCUUCUCCGUCGACCGCACCCUCCUCCCCAAGCUCCUCUUCCUCCACGAUGUCACGGGGCUGCCCGACCCGGCCGUCUGUGCCAUCCUCAGACGCGCCCCGGCCAUCCUCUCGUACGGGAUCGAGACCAAUCUCACGCCUAAGCUCCAGUUCCUCGCCGACCGCAUGGGGAGGGACCCCGCCGUCGAGCUCCCCGAGUUUCCCCACUACUUUGCCUUCAGCUUAGAAGGGAGGAUCAGACCAAGGCACGAGGCAUUGAGGGAGAGGAGAGUUCAGAUGUCGCUCAAGGACAUGUUGACAAGUAGCGAUGACGAGUUCAGAGAACGGCUGGUCGAUGCGGCACUCUCUGCUGCCAGGUAGAGAUGGUGUGCCAACUUGAAAGCAUGAUAUGCAUUGACAGAAAGAUAGCUGCAGUACUCUGGGUACAGGAAUAUCAGCGCUUGAAUUCAUAUUUGAUGAAGAAGAUUACUUUCCGGCUGGAUCAAUGGCAUCAGCAAUAGUUUGAAGAAUAAAAUGGAUUUCUUGUGUUACUCUGGGUUCAGCAUAAGGCUUAAAUGCUAGGAAGGGAUAUAUGAAGUUCACAGGGUUAUUAGAGAUCAUUGGGAUUGAGAGCCGCAAUGGAUAUUAUUUUGGUAUUGUCUACGCAUCAUUGUAGGAAGUAAAAAAACGUUCAAUAAUUAGAAAAAUGAUCCUGCUGCUAAGGUCAUGAUGGGUUUACAGUUCACCUCAUAGCCUUGUAAAAAAUGGUGCUAGAGCAUGAGCUGUUCGAGGAGAGGGAAUUUCAGAAUUGAUGACGAAGAUGCAAGGUCUCCUCAAGGUUAGGCCAACAAAAAAUCGGACCACUACUAGUCCUUCGUGCACAGCAUCAUAUUGCAUCCAUGUCCGCCGGAUCACCAUCCUCCGC